AUGUUGAAUCGAUCAUCAGAAAUAACUUUUGUAAACUUUAAUCAAACUGGGUCAUGCAUAUCGAUGGGGACAUCUCGCGGGUUCAAGAUCUUUUGUAGUGAUCCAUUUGGAAAAUUUUAUUCAGAGGAAAGUGGGAGCUAUUCAAUAGUUGAAAUGUUGUUUGCUACAUCGUUAUUAGCUCUAGUUGGAAGUGGAGAUGAACCAGCAUUAUCACCAAGACGAUUACAGAUCAUUAAUACGAAAAAGCAUUCAGUGAUAUGUGAAGUAACGUUCCCUACAUCAAUAUUGGCUGUCAAGAUGAACAAAUCACGAUUGACAGUCCUAUUACAGGAACAAAUCUAUAUUUAUGAUAUUACGAAUAUGAGAUUACUGCAUACUUUAGAAAUACAUUCAAAUGUUAACGGAUUAAUGGCGAUAUCACCAACUUUGGAAAAUAACUACUUAGCAUUUCCAUUGCCGCCUAGAGUGAUAAACUCAGAAAUUAGAACAAAUGCCACAACUAAUAAUAUAAUGCUUUCAAUGGGAGGUAAAAAUAAUUUAAGUUAUGAUACCACGAAACAACUAGAAAAGGGGGACAGUGGAAGGAAAGACGAUGAGAAUGUAUAUGAUAAUGGUUCGACUAAUACAAUAAAUACAGUAGAUGAAGAGGAUGAAUCUGCUUCAAAAGAUGGGGUUUUGAAAAAUGGGGAUAUCAUUAUAUUUAAUAUGGACAGUUUACAACCCACAAUGGUUAUUGAAGCCCAUAGAGGACAGAUUGCAUCUUUAGCUUUCAAUUUCAGCGGGACCUUAUUGGCUACUGCUUCUGAUAAAGGAACGAUUAUCAGAGUGUUUAAUGUGGAGACAGGUGUCAAAUUAUAUCAAUUUCGUCGAGGAACAUAUCCUACCAAGAUUUAUUCAAUGUGUUUCAGCGAUGAUGAUACAUUUCUAGCAGUAACAUCCUCAAGUAAGACAGUUCAUAUAUUUAAGCUAUAUAAGAGCAUGGAUAUUACCUCAAAGAGUGGUACUUCUGAUGAAGCUAUAGGUGCUGAUGGGAACGAUUAUGAUAGCAAUUUUGGAGAAAACAACGAAGUGCUGGCUAUGGAUGAUGAGGGUGAAGAUAUAGACGAUGCAGGAGCAUCAAUUGCAGAUAAUGACUUAGAUAUAACAAAUGAAAAAGAGCCGUACGUAGAUGCCUCAAGAAAAACAGUCGGUAGAAUGAUACGUAGCUCUUCGCAAAAACUAUCGAGAAAAGCAGUUAAAACUCUGGGGAAUAUUCUCCCGAUAAAAAUGACAUCGUUGCUAGAACCUUCGCGACAUUUUGGAUCGCUGAAAUUACCUGUUGAUGAUACUAAUGAUAACAAAAGCAUAGCAAAUAUCGGCCAUCUAGUGGAUGUUGAUACGUCCAAUUAUCCGGAAUUAUUCAAUACGGCAGAAAAUAUUUCGGCUAAUGGACAAUCGACUAUUUUGAAGAUGUUGUCUAUCAGAGUAAUUUCAUCGGAAGGGUUCCUUUAUAAUUAUAUUUUAGAUCCAGAGCGUGGCGGAGAUGGACUUCUUCUGUCACAGUUCUCCCUUUUAGAACAAUGA